AUAUUUCUAUGACAAUGGCUUCCAAACUCUCCCCAUUGUGCAACACUUUUCUCCUAUUCAUGCUCUUCUCCUGCUCUCCAUCUCUUGCUAGCUCCUCUACUUCCCCAAGUACCAUUUGCAACUCCACACCCCACCCAUCAUUCUGCAAAUCCAACUUACCACCACAUGAGCUCAGCACCAUUCAUGACUAUGGCUGGUACUUCCUGCACCAGUCCUUAUCAUCAGCAAAAGACUUUCUUUCGCUAGUCAAAUCAUACCCAAUAUUCCAUUCCUCAUAUUCUAAACCAACCGUUCAUGCCCUCAAAGAUUGUCAACUUUUAGCUGACUUGAAUGUGGAUUUCUUGUCAAAAACUUUUCAAACUAUUAGCUCCACAAAAAGUCUAAAUAGCAUGCAAACCAAGGAUUUGCAUACAUUGCUUAGUGCCACUUUGACAAACCAAGAAACAUGUUCUGAUGGCCUGCAAGAGUUAACAUCUGAGUUAGACUCUAGCCUUAAAAAUGGUCUCUUGGGUCCUCUCUCUAAUGGAACUAAGCUUCAUAGCAUAUCACUUGCUCUUUUUAAGCAUGGUUGGGUUCCAAAGAUAAAUCCAGAGAGUUUCCCAUGGCCAACAGAAAAAAAGCACAUAAUGUUUCCCAAUAUGGAAAAGAUAAUGAAGGGUCUUUUGCCUUUAAAAUUGUCCAUAUCUGGAAGAAGGUUGCUUCAAACAACUUUUGGCAAUGUAUUGGCGAGCCAAACGGUGUUUGUGAACCCAGAUGGUAGUGGAGACUUCACCACUAUCAAUGAUGCUGUGGCUGCUGCACCAGAAAAGACUGAUAUUAGUGAUGGAUACUUUGUCAUUUACAUUGCAGCUGGGGUUUAUAAUGAGUAUGUUUCCGUCGACUCUAACAAGCACUAUUUGAUGAUGAUUGGGGAAGGUAUUGGCCGGACUGUGAUCACAGGCGAUCACAAUUAUGUCGAUGGUUCGAGUACAUUCGAUUCUGCAACAUUUGCUGUAGUUGGGCAAGGGUUUGUUGCUAAGGAAAUAACCUUUCGUAACACAGCCGGACCAAGCAAGUACCAAGCUGUGGCUGUACGAAAUGGGGCUGACCUGUCCACAUUUUAUAAAUGCAGUUUUGAAGGCUAUCAAGACACAUUAUAUACCCAUUCUCUUAGGCAAUUUUAUAAAGAAUGUGAUAUUUAUGGUACAAUUGAUUUCAUAUUUGGCAAUGCAGCAGUUGUGUUCCAAGAUUGCAACAUUUAUCUACGACUUCCAUUACAUGGCCAGUACAAUGUUAUCACUGCGCAAGGCAAAACAGAUCCAAAUCAAAAUACUGGGACUUCCAUACAUCUUUGUAGCAUUAGAGCAGCUGAGGAAUUAAAUGGAACAGAAACAUAUCUAGGAAGGCCAUGGAAGGAGUAUUCAACAACUGUUUAUAUACAAUCUUUUAUGGAUAACCUAAUUAAUCCUUUAGGUUGGCACACAUGGAAUGACACUGACUUUGCUCUUGAUACAUUAUAUUAUGGGGAAUAUGAUAACACGGGGCCAGGAUCAGACACUAGCAGCCGAGUUACAUGGCCUGGUUACCAUGUCAUGAAUGAAGAUGAGGCGAAUCAGUUCACUGUUUGCAAUUUUAUUCAAGGAGAUGAAUGGUUGCCUGCAACACAAGGGCCUUACACUUGUGGUUUAGUAUAAGUUGCAGUUUGAGAUCCUUCAAUAUCUCUCUUUAAUAUUGUACUUGUAGCUACUUUUCUAUUAUCAUUUCAAUAAUAUCCGAUCCUAGAUUUGGAUGGUGUACUCAAAGCAA